CGAUUGGCAGUCUGCCCAUUCAGUAUUCAUAGCAAACCACUAAAAAUAGAUCGAAAGUGGAACGAUGGUGAAACGGAAUCGUGUGUCGAUGUUGACACUGGUGUGUUUUGCAGCAUUCCUCUUUGAACCAAACGAAUCCUUGAUACCAAAAUGGGAUAGUGCUGCUGCCAAAAACAGAGUGCAUAUAAACAGCAACAAAAACAACGAUCGAACUGGAUCAUCGGAAUUGGGGUUGUCGUCCAUACGACCUGCUGCCUUUUUUCGGCCUCGUCGUUCUCUAGUGGCCGCAGCAGCUAGUGGCAGCGACGACAGCGAUUCAGACGAAACGACGAGUACCAAUCCAUCUCCCGUGUUUUUUGCCGACGCUGACAAUGGAAACAACGCCGAGGACGAGAAAGCUGCUCGUCUUGCAGACAUGGCAGCCGAAGCCAUAAAGGCAGCAGAAGCACAGCAUGGCGAGGAAGACACGAAAAAGGUAGAAAAAGCAACAGAAAAGUUAGAACCAGAGCUUACAACAGCCGAAAAAGAAAAGGCAGAACAAGAACGCAUAGCGGCUGAAAAAGAACGCGUAGCGAAACUGGAAGAAGAAAUUCGGAUUGCAGAGGAGGAAAGACAGAAGCAAAUAGAGGAAAUCAAAACCAAUAUUAGCGAAGCGGCCAAAGAAUCCUACGAAAAAUUCAUUGUAAGUGCCUUGCAUCCGAAYUGAUUGCAAUCGAAUUCGAAGAAUCUACUGGAACCGAGCGACAAGUGAUUUGACUUGUUUGUCGACUCUCUUCCGUUACCUCCAGCUCCCUCAUGCCACUCUGUCUUUUGUGUGUCCUGAUGUAUUUGUAUUUAAUCCGUUUCUCCCAGAAACCAUUGGGYGAGAUCAAGGAGGGUGUGUCUGCAGAUCGGAUCAAAGGGGCUGCACUGGCAGCUACUGCCGUUACGUUCAUGGCAAGCAAGGGAGUCAUUGCUUCGAGUGCUGUCGGUUUGAGUGCUGCCUAUUUGUCCAUUUCCAAGACUGUAGCCGGUGAUGUGAUGCGUACCGUUGGCGAGCUUACUUGGGACGUAACCGAGUCGGCCGCAAAUUUGGCCGAGAAAAUGGGCUUGAGUGGGCCCAAGUUUGGCGAGGUGGACAGGACGGUGGUCAACAAAUACAAAUACAAAUAUAGAAGACCUCCUAGUCAAGUGAAAUUGGAUCGCAUCGAUGAGGUUGAGCUUGCUUACAUCGAAGCCGAAGACGAUGAGGAUCUCGCAAGAGUKCUCAAGGAGGCAGAAACCGUAAUUGGUGAAGCAGAUGCUGUUAUUGCCAAGGCAGAGGCCACACAAAAAGAAAAGGAAUUGAAAACAAACCAAGACGAAGAGGAAGAUAUUGAGGAGGUGGUUGCCGAACCAGAAGAAGAUGAGGAAGAAGUGGAGGAGUUAGUUCCCGAAAUGGAAGACGAGGAGGAGGAAACUGUCGAAGACGAAGAAGACGAUAAUGAUAUAUUCUUCGACGACGAUGAAUUUAUGGCUGCUGUUGAACUAGCGCAAGAAGGAAUCGAGGGAAAGAUCGUCGGCGUAGAAGAUGUAAUUACUGAUAGUUUCGCUAAGGCUGAAUGGGAUGCUGCUGGAGAUUUGGCCAGCGAGCUCAGCGAGACCGCAAAUUCUGAUGCUGAUGUAGAGGAGGUGGAGAAAGACGAGGACGAGGACGAGGACGAGGACGACGAGGACUUCGACUUUGGAGACAUUGACGUGGAAGCGUUGGGAGAAAUGGCACGGGCAGCCGUGGAAACAUUUGAGAGCGAAGAAAAUGUUGCGUACGAGGCUGUGUUGAAUCAAAAACAAGAAUGGGCAGAUUCAAUGAUAGAAGAAGAUGAUGACGACGAUUUUGAAGACGACGACGAAGAUGGCCUUUUCCUUUCGGAAGAUAGCAUGGAAGAACUUGCAGCCGCUGCAAGAGCGGCCGUUGAUGCAGKCAACACAGACGAUAUACCGGGAGAUGAUGUUGCCCCUGACGAUCUUUUCCCAGAAUCGGUCGUGACGAAUUGGUCCUCUCUCAAAGUUGCAGAUCUGAAGAUAGAAUUAAAGAGCAGAGGUCUGAAGACAUCGGGAAAGAAAGCAGAUCUCGUGGCACGAUUGGAACAGAAUGAUCUCGAGAUGCUUGGCCAAGAUGACGAAGAGGAAGAUGACACGAUAUUAGAUGAUGACGUCGACGACGAUGAUAGUGAAGACGUCAGUGAUGACGACGACGACCUGGGGCUUGAAGAGUUUGAYAUCGAAGAAUUGGGAAGGCAAGCCCGGGCUGCAGUGGAGAUGUUCCAAACCACUGGAGGUGAUUUUGACGAAGAACCAACGGAGGAUAUGCUUGCACAGCUUGAGAGUGAAAUGGAAAUAAACGGUGAUUUUCUUGCSGAGCCAGAAGAAGAGUCCGUUGAUAUCUCAUCGAUGACGGUCGUGCAGCUGAAGGAUGAAUGUAGAAAACGGGGGUUGAAGGUUGGUGGGAAAAAAGCCGAUCUUAUUGAGAGACUGCAGGCUUCGUCGGCCGAGUAAUCGAAUAGACAUGACACGCAUUC